CCCCCCGCUGCCUCUCCCUGCCUCUCCCUGCCUUUGCCUCGGCCUCUCCCUAUGCCUUCAGAAGCGCCUCCCGCGCCUUUCGGCCACAGCCUCCGCCCAUGGUGCCCUCCGUUUGCCCUGCUCCCGGCACUUGCGGGUCUGUUGCUGGUGCUAUUGGUUAAUCCGGCCACGCCAGCGAUGGCCCAAUCUGCGACCCGGCCGCAUGACUCCAUGACCUCGGCCAGCGCCUUCGCUGCCCUGUCGAUCCCUGCUUGUGACUCCCUCCACCCCUUCCAGCUCGAGUGUGAGCCCAGCCCCUCUUGCGCAUAUGGUGUCGAGCAGGCCACCGUUUCCUGCACCGCCUUGCCGCAUGUGGCCUGCACUGGCCCACGCACGGUCCAGCGCGAAUCCCCCUGCCUCUUCUGCCACCAAUUGCCGGCACACCUGCUCCACUGCCGGCCAGCCAAUUCGGAUGACCUGCCAGCCUCGCCGAUGGUUUUCGCCCAGGACCCGCAGUACCGCCACCAGGAGAACCCGGACCCCGGGGCUCGGAAGCCUGCGUGCAACUCCCUCCUGCGAGACCACCAUUAUGCGUGGCACAUUUGCGAACCAGCCAUCGGCACCCAGGCCUGCCUCGGACGGCGCUCCUUCGACUCCUUCCGUCCGUGCACAUGGAUCAACCAGGGCGGUGCCAACCAGAUGACCACCCUUGCGCUGAGUUUCCUUCUUGGGCCGACCGGUGCCGACCGCUUCUACCUGGGCCACAUCGGCUACGGGUUCCUCAAGCUGCUGACUUUUGGUGGCCUUUCUCUCAUGAACCUGGUGGACGCUGUGGCCGUCUACACUGGGCUCCUCCAGCCGACUGACGGCUCGCUGCUUUUCAACUAAAGCCGCCUUCCUUUGUACAAUAGAAUUUCCCCAGCCCCUUCACCCCGGGGAAUGUCCGCGCCCACGGCCGCACAGGCCCGCGCCCACGUCCACAGAACCGCACAUUCACACAUGCCUCCCAUCGUGCCCAUUUGCACGGGCACCUGAGCCGACAUCCAAGUGCAAGG